GGGUUAUCUAGGAUCCUCUCUUAUAUGAUCCGAACAAUAGUAUGUUUUAUCCUUACAAUAGGACUGUAUCAAAAUGGGGUACCAAGUCGGUUGCUCACGCCCAUAUAUAUAUAAGCGACAUCUUUUCUUGGAAAUUUUCUUUUCCAGGCGUGAUUUUCGACAAGAAAAAGUCGAUCCUAAAACAGGGCAAAUAGUUCAGAAUCCUAUUGUUUGGCUGAAUAAGCCCGUCAAAAUUGAGGUAAACACAAUAUAUAUAAUUAUUAACAUACGUACUCGUAUUUUUGUUUCCUUGUAGGUACAAACUAAUAGAUCAAUUACCUAUUCGUAUACUGCAUCAAUGCCACCGAGUGGAUAUUGGUAUGGUAUGUUCAUUCAAGUAACAUUUGUCGGACUUGAAAGUACAAUAUUGGAUUUGACUACAGAAACACUUAUUCUACCAAACACAUUUCCAGCAGAUUCAUGUACUGGAGAAAGUUGCUUUGGUACAUUGGUCUAA